UUCCUGCGCAGCUUGACGUCGGUGCCUGGCGCGGAUCCAGCUAUGUGCUGGAGAGACCGCGGACUGAAAUGAAUUAGAGUCCACUUUACCAAAGGACAGAUGGAGGACCACCUGAUGUCAGACGAUGAUGUUUUGCUGUGGUCAGAGAAGGAGUUCCAUGAUGCCACCAAGAGGAACGACAUGGGGAAAAUGCAUGAACUGAUCAAGAAGGGUGUGGAUGUCAAGGCCAAAAAUAAAAUUGAUCGAAAAGCUCUUCAUUGGGCAGCUGGAGCUGGGAAUGAACAGGCCCUGCGUUUCCUGCUGGACUAUGACACUGAUGUGGAUGAGAAGGACCUUUUUGGCAUGAAUGCUCUUCUUCUGGCCUGCUGGUUUGGUCACUUGAAGAUCCUGCAGAUCUUGGUGUCCUGUGGAGCGAAGCUGAACUGUGAAAACAGAGAUGGACUGAGCAUCCUGCAUUGUGCUGCCCAGCGAGGCCACAUUCAGGUCCUGGAGUUCAUCAUGGAGGACUUGGAAAACUUCUGCCUGGACAGAGUUGACAAGUCAGGGAAGACGGCGCUGCACCUGGCUGCUGAGCAUGGACACCUGGAAGUGGUGGAUUUCCUGAUUGGAAUGGGAUGCAUACAUGGGCUGAAGGACAAGCAUGGGAACACAGCUCUGCAUCUGGCAGCGAAGCACGGCCACGCUGACAUCCUCCAGAAGAUUGUGGAGACCGGAGUGGAUGUGGAUGAGCGCAACAUCGACGGCCUUGCAGCACUGCACCUGUCGACUGAUGGCGGUCACUAUGAGUGUGUUAAACUGCUGCUGGAGUCUGGCUGUGAUGUCAAUUCACAAACUAAUAAGAAUAUGACAUCCCUCCAUUAUGCGGCCCGGCGUGGCUUAGACAGAGAGGCCAGUUUGCUGUUGGAGGCAGGAAUCAACGUGGAUGCCAUGGACAUUCAACACAACACGCCUCUGCACACAGCUGUGCUCAACAAUCACACAGAACUUGUGCGGCUCCUCAUCGAUGCAGACUGCGAUCUCGACGCGUCUGACAGCAGACGGCAGACGGCUUUGCACAUGGCAGCAGAACACGGUUGGCAGGACAUGGCUGAGAUGAUUCUCAUUGCUGGUGUCAACAUCAGUCUAACUGACAAGCAGGGGAAAACCUGUUUGGAGGUAGCAGCAAGAGGCAACCACAUCAUAUUGGUUGACAUGAUCAUCAAAGCCGACCGUUUUUAUAAAUGGGAAAAGGAUCAUACAGGUAAUGAACAGGACUCGUGGAACUCGAGGCACCUGAGCUUCAAGCAGGAUCACCAGCUGGAGACGCAGCACAUCCGUUCUGUCCUGUGGUGUCUCGCCACGAAGCACCUCUGCCGCGGGGAGUGGAAGAUUCUAGCACAGCACUGGGACUUCACUGAUGGGCACAUACGAGCUAUAGAACAGCAGUGGACAGGUAUGAAAAGCUUCAAGGAGCAUGGUCACCGCAUGCUUUUAAUCUGGCUCCAUGGGGUGGUGGUCGCAGGGGAAAAUCCCAUCAAAGGCCUAUACGAAGGACUGGUGGAGAUCUCACGGACCGACCUCGCAGAGUGCAUUCGGCAGAAAGCGAACGCAGAAACCAACUCAACCAAAAUGUGCUCUGCAAUGUGACAAGAGUGGCACUGACUUAGGACGGCAUUCCAGAUCUAAGGUUCCCUUCAUACCAGAGAUCUGCUUUUUUCUGCAGACUGAACCACUGACCAACAUUUACACAGUCAGCAUCACGCCCCAGUUACAUUGACACACGCAGAAUGUUUAGAUGGGACUCACAGUCUUACCUUGGCUAUAAUGUGAGAAACCUGUGGAAUACCUGCUAAAAGUUGAUGUCAAUUAUAUGAUUUGUUCUUUUCACACACGCAGUGAACAUGUCCUGAUGACAGGUGAACUGGGUAAGUGUUCCUCUCAGUGUGCUCGGCUGGUUUUACACGACCUGAGCUGCUGCUCCAGCUAAUCCAGAAUACACCAUUGGUACCAGCUGUCAGAGGCUGCACCUGGACUAGGUGUCUGACUGCUGACAUUCUUUCUGCUUAGAUCGUGAUGUGAUUUCAUCUUACAAAGGCAACUGGAUCCAUGCUGCUGCUCAGGUUUUUUUUUUAUGUUGUGUUGUUCCUGCUAUCUGGACGAUUGGGUGCAUUUGGAACCCAGUGUAAAAAGUAUUGUUCAAAUGUAUUUGGGGCAUUUCUGAUUCCUUUCU